CGAGGCACUUUCAGUAAACUAAAAGUAACGCUUACUUUGUGAUCAGUUUAUAAGAAGAGACGGAGAGAAUCUGAUUUAGGUUAUUUCGUCAUGAAGAUGAAGGCGUUAGUGGGGUUUCUGACCCUCGUACACGUUUCCCAGCAAUUUUCAGCUGUUGUAAGCGUGUAUGAGGGGGUGGAGUCUGUCCAGCUGCCCUGUCAGUCACCUAGGUUACCUGAGGACACAACAGUGGUGUGGGAGCGAUACGAUUCCCAUCCCUCAACUGUCCACCAGCAUCAGCAUCAGGUAUAUGAGCAUUAUCUUCAAAACCAGCAUUACAGCGGCCGGACAUCAAUGUCAACUGAUGCUCUGGAAACUGGAGACCUCAGCCUCACUCUGAAAGAACCCCACCUCUCUGACAGUGGCGUCUACAUCUGCCAAAGGUUCAGAAAGGAAGAGGAAUUAUCACCCCGAUACACAAUGUUACUGGAGGUCAAAGAACGGCCCACAUUUCCUCCUUGGUUAUAUCCUAUGCUGGCUGUUUGCCUUGCUCUGGCUGUAGCUGCCUUGGUUUGGUGGUACACAACCAUCACAGUCUCUUCUGUAGUGGUGGAAGAGGGAGAGUACUUUGUAAAACUUCCUUACAAAACCAUAGUCACUCUACCUGAAGACGUCACCGUGGAGUGGAGUCGUUGUGCCCUCGAGCCAAUGAGGGUCCACGAAUAUUGUAACGGUAACAACCAUCUUGUUAGACAAGAUGAGUUUUAUUGCGAUCGCACAAAGAUGCAGAAGGAACUACUGAAAACCAGAGACCUCAGUCUGACCCUCAGGGAGCCCUGCUACAGAGACAGUGGAACGUGGAACCUACAUCUGCACCGUCCACAAGGACAGAGAAGCCGUGACACAGAAAGUAGUACGGCUCCGAGUCAAUGUCCCCCAGGAGGUGGUGAAGGUCAGGGAUUUGACUGAAUGUGUCACACUGCCCUUCAAAACCAGAGCUCGGCUGCCUGCAGAUGCGACGGUGAAAUGGAAACGUUUCGAGUUAUCCAAUUCCUCGACAGUUCAUGUGUAUCAGAAUGGCCAAGACACGUCUGAGGAGCAGGACGACUCUUACAGAGGCCGCACAAAGAUGAGGGAAAACCCCCUGCAAGCUGGAGAUCUCAGUCUGACCCUGAUUAACCCCAGUCAUGAAGAUAUCGGUGCAUACACAUGCACCGUCGAAAGGGACGGAGACGUCAUAUGGAAGAGAUCGGUGAGGCUCGAGCUCAAAGGGUUAGGGUUUUAAAGAAGAAAGGACCAAAGACGAACCAGAUGGCGCCGUGAACAAGCAGCUUCUCUGAACCAGUGAUAUGUUCACUGUUUCAUUUGUCUCACUGAUGUUAACGCUUCAGUAUUGAGUUCAAGUCUCUCCUUCCUUCUCUCUCUGCCUGCAGGUACUAUGUGGUGUAAAAAGAUCUGACGUUAAUGUUCAAAAUGGUUUUGUGAUUUCAUAAUUGUUUUAAUAAUGUAAGUUUCUGGCUGUAGCACAUGCUCCCUGCUCACAUGAUCAACAUUACAUUAUCAAUAAAAAAUCUGAUAAUG